AUGUCGAAAGUAAUCGCCAUAAUCGGCGCAACCGGAAACCAAGGGUCCUCCGUCGCGCACACCUUCCUUGACACCCCGAACUGGACCGUCCGUGCCAUAACCCGCAACCCUGCCUCAACAAAGGCCCAAGCCCUCGCCGCCGCCGGUGCCGAACUCUUCCAGGCCGAUUUAAACGAUAUCGCCUCUCUCGAAGCCGCAUUCCAAGGUGCACACUCUAUCUUUGUGAACACGGACUUUUGGGGUCCCUAUAUUCGUGGGACGGGGACUGGCAGUGAAACGACGCAUCGUAGCGACGAUGCGUUUAAUGAAGAAGUGAGACGUGGGAAGAACGCUGCGAUUGCGGCGUCGAGGGUUCCGACGCUUGAGCGGUUUGUGUAUUCGGCGUUGGGACCGACGAAGAGGGCUUUGAAGGGGAAACGGAGCUUGCAAGAAGACGUCGAUUAUUUAUGUUGGUGUUUAUGCGACGAAUCCGCUCAUCAUGCCGACUGGACCCCGGGACGGGGGCUGUACAAAUUCAUCCCCCCUGUGCGCGGGGAGACCAAGAUACCCAUUAUUGACACUCCCUCGUCAACAGGACCCUUCGUACACGCGCUCGUUGAGCACGAGCUGGCGGGCAUAAACUUACUCGCGUACGAUAGCUAUCUCAGCAUUAAUGAGGUCGUCGAUAUCUGGGCAAAGGCGAUGGGGAAGAAGGCAGAGCUAGUGACUGUCACGGCGCAGCAUAUGCAACUGAGUUUAAUAUUCCGUGGGAGGUGCUCCAGGCACCAUUGUGGAUUGACGAGGCUGGGCAUAUGGGUGGGAUUGAGGGGUGGAUUAGGGCUGCUGAUCUGA